GUUGUCCAACUCCAACAAAACCCAGCCCUAAAAAAGUACAUUGACGAAAUUACUGUUUAUGCAUACGAAGGGGAAACGGUGAAGCAGGCUCUGGAAAGAGAUGGUCGUUUACAGGAAGAACUAUUCAAAAGGAACUGUGCACUUUCCAACAAGAGCACUCAAGUAACUACUGAAAUGUCGUCUCUCGUUGAUGAUCUUAAUGGUGACACCUUCAAGAUCAUACUGCUGAAUAGGGACAGUCCACCAAACAGUCAGCCUAGCAGUUUGGAGGAUGCUCCUCUAGAGCAGUCUAGCACAACUGAGGCAGUGAAUGUCGACACACCAAAAAAGACAGUGGUGCUAGAUGGUAAGGAGCCACCAGAUUCACAUUUCUGUGAAAUAACUCAUUCCAAAAUGAUGAGUUACCUAAAUUCACAGUUUCAAGAUUUUGUGAAGAGCAAAAAAAUUGAGGGGCUUACUCCUAUCAAGCAUCUCAGUGUGGAGUACGGAAAGAACGCUCAGAGAUGCCUGGAAGUGAAAACAAUGAAGCAACUGAUGGAGCUCAGUAAUUCUGUUUGCAGUGUGAGAGUAAAUGGAACACCAACAGGAAGUGGCUUCCUUUUAUUUGACACGUUUGUCCUCACAAACGGACAUGUGCUUAAAGACGUAUUCAAUGCGAGUACAUGGCAGCUUACUGAGAGGCUCACAGUCCAUUUCUCUUAUGAAAGUUUCGGACAGGUGGAUUCAGGAGUCGAAGUGGAAGAAGUUGUUGGAUUUGAAUACGACCAUGAUGCGUUCGGGCACAAGCAUGACUGGGCUUUGUUGAGGAUCGGUGCUGAUCAGAACUUGCCUGAUGUUCUGUUAAAACGAAUCGGAUUCCCUCCCAAAAGUGGAGGAAUUUGCAUUAUUGGGCAUCCUGACAAUUCUCCAAAAAUGGCAGAUCCAUGCUUCAUAGUUCCAACUGAAAGACGUCGCGAGAUUGUCGAGAGGCAUCGCCGUGAAAAUCCAGAGGGAGUUCUUCCGAUCAAAGAAUCAAAUCAUGAGGCCAUUCAGUUUAUUACGCACCGUUUCUUUGAGGAUGUGAAACACGAUAAAGAGAACAGACAGGCUCUACAUUACGAGACUUGUCUUGAUUUUGGCUCAUCUGGCUCUCCUGUCUUUGACGAGCACUGCAAUGUUGUUGCAAUGCAUUCAGGCGGAUACGUCUACAACAACACAAGGGGUAAACGCCACAGUGUCGUAGAGUUCGGCUACGCUGCAUCCAUCAUUAUCGAGCAUAUCGUUGCCCAAAUGGUACUCAGAGGCAGGUUUGACGUGUUGAAGGAAUACCUGGCUUGCCAUUAUAGACAUCAACAACACGUGAACAACAAUGUGAAGAAACUGCUUGAGAGCAUCAGAAACUUCAGAAAAUUCAUAUUCACUGCAUCAACACAGCCGAUGGUCACAGGUGACGAGAGUUUGAGGAAGUUCUUUGAAUUCUUGUCUCAGACAGAGGAUCCUGACCAAAUGGACACUGAUUGAGUGUCACAGAUACAAAGCUGACAGAAACGGCUCAGCAGUGAGCAACAAAGGCUGUCAUGACUAGGGAUGGGUAUCGUUUGGGUUUUUUCCGAUACCGGUGCCUGAACCG